UGGGAAGCAGUGGCGCUGAGUAGCUAAAUAACUGUUCUGCUCGCUGGCAAACAACUAGUGACAGGCAGCUUAUUGUUACAAUAUAGCGAAAUAAGGUUAGCUAUAAUCAACAGUUGUUUAAUAACAACAAUUCUUAUUUUGUUAGAUUAUGGCUAGCACAAGGAUUUCGGAGCAAUUGCCCCCGCAUUUUGACCCGACUCAAGCACCUGUUGCAUUCGGCAACCGAGCCCUUCCGCGGCUCUCUCUGGAACUGCAAGAUCCACAGCUGUGCAUACGACAGAGAGCUCUUGCAGCCCUCUGCGACCUGGUUCAUGACCCAAAGAGGGCAUAUGAGGCUAUUCACAAAGGCUGUUUGGAGAGGCUGAAGGUCCUGCUGCAAGACAGAGACAGCUCAGUGAGAAUCAAAACUACAGAAGUCUUUUACCUACUAGCUGCCCAUAAUGUGGGGAGAGAAGCCUUCCUCACGUGGGAUGUGGUGGCUCCACUGUCUGAUCUUCUAGACGAGCCAGUUGAUGCCUGUCGUAAAAACAUGCAUCGUGCACUGAAGAUGGUGGCUGAGUUUCCUGCAGUGUGUAUCGUAACUUUGGGCCUGAUUCCCCGGCUGGUGAUGAAGCUGCCUGUUGAGCAGGAGGAGAUCCGGGCCCUUAUCCUGGCCACUCUCAGCUACUGUGUGAGGGUGGAUGCCCUGCCAGCCCUGGCCAGUGACGGAGUUCCCAUGCUGCGAAACCAGCUCUCUCACCCCUCCCCUGACAUCCGCCGGGCCGCAGCCUCCGCCAUGUUGGGCAUCAGUGUUCCAUCAGAAGGAAAGCACAAGGUAUGUGAGGAGGGAGUUCUCCCAAUCCUAGUGAAGCUGCUAUCAGACUGUGACCCAGGAGUGACUGCCAGUGCUGCUGGGACUAUUAUGAACACAGCUAUUAUCACUGAAGGGAAAUACCAGGCCUUAAAGGCAGGUGCCAUUCCCCCCUUGUUGGAGCUGGUGGGCAGUGAGGACAGAGCUGUGUGUGCUAACGCGCUGCGUGCCCUCACCACCCUGGCUGAAGCCCCCUGCGCUCGGGAACAGCUACUGGAGCACCUGCCACUAUUAAAGACAAGACUCAAUCACCCAGCUUCCAUCAUCUGCCGGGCAGCAGCCACUGCCAUCCGCGUGAUCUCCUGGACCCCCUGAGAGAAAGAGAGAGCAAGGGAAGAAGAGACAAAUACCUCUCAUUAUCUGAUUCUCCCUCGCUUCUCCCCCUAUUCUCUCUCCCUCACACACAUUGACACACACAGGCACACAUGUGCUCUCACUGACACACCACACACAAUCAGUCCUUCUUCUACUACAGACACUCACACUUCCUUAAUGUAAAUGUCUGCUGGUGUACAUUUACCAGACUAGUAGACCCACCUCUGUCUGUGUCAUCUAUCCUAUUAAUGUGAUUAAAACUGAGCACAGUG